CGCUUUCAUUCUGCCGAGCUAUUGCUGACAGCCGGCGGGAUCGCCCCGGGUGGGCGGCGGCUGCGGAGAGCCGAGCUCCGGCUCCGCGUCUUGGGCGUGGAGGAGAGGCUAGAGGCUGCGAGUGCGGACCGCAGGCGGGCGGGAGCUCCCCGCCCCCCUAAAUCCGCCCCCCCACGCGGUUUCCAGGCACCCAUCCCCAAACCGAGGCGGGCAGGUGGCCCGAGCGAGCGGGAGGCGCCCCGCCUCCGAGCCCCGACCUUUCUUCGGGCUUCUGCCUCCCGCCCCUCUCCUCUCGCUUCUCCCUGAUUUCUUUUUGUCGUGCGCGAGCCCUCUCCCAGUGCGAUGCCCGCGGCUCCCCGGGCGAAGAUUUUGGCUGGGGAUGUAGCAACAACCGAGGCGUAAUAUGGGUGGGAAUCACUCCCACAAAACUCCCGUGUUUGAUGAAAAUGAGGACGUUAAUUUCGACCAUUUUCAAAUAUUGCGGGCCAUUGGCAAGGGGAGCUUUGGAAAGGUGUGCAUCGUGCAGAAAAGGGACACAAAGAAAAUGUAUGCCAUGAAAUACAUGAACAAGCAGAAGUGCAUCGAGAGAGAUGAAGUUCGAAAUGUUUUCAGAGAACUCCAGAUCAUGCAGGGCCUGGAACACCCUUUCUUAGUCAAUUUGUGGUAUUCCUUUCAAGAUGAGGAAGACAUGUUCAUGGUGGUCGAUUUGCUUCUGGGAGGGGAUCUCCGUUACCAUCUACAACAAAAUGUGCAUUUCAACGAGGGAACUGUGAAGCUCUACAUAUGUGAACUGGCCCUUUCCCUUGACUACCUGCAGAGAUACCACAUAAUCCACAGAGACAUCAAACCAGACAACAUAUUAUUGGAUGAGCACGGGCAUGUCCACAUAACUGACUUUAACAUCGCCACUGUCAUUAAAGGAGCAGAGAAAGCUUCCUCGAUGGCGGGAACAAAGCCCUACAUGGCUCCAGAAGUAUUCCAGGUGUUUAUGGAUGGAGGCCCAGGGUACUCCUACCCUGUAGACUGGUGGUCCCUAGGAGUUACAGCUUAUGAAUUAUUGCGUGGUUGGAGACCUUACGAAAUCCAUUCGGCGACUCCAAUUGAUGAAAUCCUCAACAUGUUCAAAGUAGAACGGGUUCAUUACUCCUCCACAUGGUGUAAAGGAAUGGUGGCAUUACUGAAAAAGCUUCUCACGAAAGACCCCGAAAGCCGUCUUUCCAGCCUUGUGGAUAUUCAAAGCUCUCCAUAUUUAGCCGACAUGAAUUGGGAUGCUGUGCUGGAAAAGGCAAUGACACCAGGCUUUGUACCAAAUAAGGGGAGGCUGAAUUGUGACCCAACUUUUGAACUAGAAGAAAUGAUUCUAGAAUCUAAACCCCUUCAUAAAAAGAAGAAGAGGCUCGCCAAAAACAGAUCCAAAGAUGGAGGAAAAGACAGCUGUGUCUUGAGUGGACACCUACAGCAGUGUUUAGAAACAGUGAGGAAAGAAUUUAUCAUCUUUAACAGAGAAAAGUUGAGAAAGCAGCAGGACACAAGUGGGCAGCUCUCCCUUGGCGAGAACCGCGUGACCCCCGCAGCUCACGGGAAGCUCCAGGACGGGCGAAACAACAACAUCCUGAGCCAGGCCUGCACACGGGGCUGCAGCUGCUAGGCUCCCGUGGCCGGCCCUGACCACAUCUGCAUCUCCGAUCCCUUCUGUGCAUGUGAUGGUAUCUCUUUGUGGCCCUUCCCUCACAACCCAAUGGAAAGAGAGCCCAGGACUAGCCCUGGGGACACACAGUCUAGUCCCACGUCCACCGUGGGCUCUCUGUGUGAGACCCUGAGCAAAGUCAUUCCCUUCACUUCCCUCUGACUUUGGGCCCCAUGACCUCUCUUGGCCUCCACUUUCUCGCUAUAAAGGAAAGGUUGAACAAGUGGUUUUGGGUUGUCCAUUCCAGCUCCAAACUCUACAAUAACUUUUCCAGGCCUUCAUUACCUCAUCUGUCCAGUGGGAAUCACAAUCCCAGCCCUGCUACCUCACAGUCUGCUGUGAAGGUCAGACUUUGUGACAGAUGGGAAGACCCUUCUCCAAAGUACAACUCACUCUGUAAAGCUGAAAGAACACUGGCCCAAGAACCAGGAGGACGAUGGUUCUGGUCCCAGCCAUUCUACAAACCCCUCUAACCCCCCUCUCUCUGGGCCUUAAUUUCCAUGUUUGUGGUGGGGGGACAAGAUGAGAUUAAAUUACAUACAGACCCUUCUAGCACCACCAUUUUAGGUUCUGUGUUGUAAUGUCCCUCUACUUUUACCAUUCUAGAUUCUGUUCUAAAGUUUCUUCUUGUGCUGACAUACUAGGUUCUAAGGUCCCUUCAAGCUCUGAUAUUCUAUGUUCUAAGACCCCUUCUAGCUCAAAUGUCUUGUGUUCUAAGUCCCCUUUCAGCUUGUUACUCUUUUCCAGCUCUAUCCUUCUUUUAAAACCAGUGACUGAUGGCCCAUCCGAUUCACAAUUCAGUUCAUCCCCAGCAAUUCCACCCCUGCCUAAACCUUGUGUACUUUGGGAAAAUAAAGCCCCUUCUCUGCCAACCAAA